GCUGUGUACCACGUGACGUGUACGUGGGUGAACAAACAGGCCUAUUGUAUGGUCUACAUAAUCUUUAGUACAGGCGACAUCGCUCACUAGCACUGUUGCAUGUGAUGACACUUGAACAGCUAGUCCGCCUCUGCUCUGGCGACACAGACUGUCGGCUUCAUUUCGGAGUUGGUGUGAGAGGGUCAGCAGAAAGAUCGGCCCGCAAUGAUUAUGUAGACCUACAUAUGGAUGUACACGAGUAGCACUGUACUUUUGUAGUGUGGAGCAGGCAGUAGAAUCUGAUGUCAUGUUGUACAGUCAUGUACAUAAUCUACGCGUAAAUCUACAACUUUUGCCAGAUCAGACAGAUGAAUGAAGCCACAGAGCUCUGGCCGCUGGAUCGUGCAGCGAACGUGUAGAGAGGAUCUUGGACUGCUGCACCGUCUGUGCUUCAGUUGAAUGCGGAAUCGUUUUUUUCUUGCUCGUUGCCGUCUGUGGGUGUUCUGGGCGGAUGCGUGUUCUGCUUGCGGCCCUUCACAUUGUUAUUUUCUGGGAGUUUGAGUGACGCUCCGUCGCAAUCUGGUUGCGGAAGUGAAGCGCUUUCGUUCUUUACCUGCCCAUCGGCAGGUGGCGUUUAGGUUUGUUUGACUACCAAUCGUCCGGAUCAACGUUACCAGAAUAGCGGACGCGGACAGGAACCACCCGGCCGUUAUCGGGAGCAGGUGCUUCUCCCUGGCUUGAAGUCAGGUAUCCGUUUUGUGACAACAUUGGUGAAGGCUAUUGUUACCAAUGGAGCAAGAGUCCAGCAAGGAUGAGAGCUCCGGCUGCCAAUCACAACAACCUGCUGGUGGCACUGCAAUGGAAGCAGCGUCUGAAGAGGAGAGUAAGGACAAGUAUCAACCACCAAAGUUGGCUGAGCACAGUGAUCACUACUACUCAACCAAUGCACCUCAUCCAGACCUGGUGAGAGCAUGUGAAGAUGACGAUGUGGAACAAGUCCGACAAACCGUGAAUAUCGGCACUCCAACUGAACCUGUGACUAGACCGGAUCUCUUGGAACAAGUGCCGGAGUCAUACUUUAUCGUUUGGUAUCGUCAUAGAAUUCCCAUGACAAUCAUGGCUCUUCUGGUGCUGGCAGCAUGCUACUAUGGCAGCAUUCAUUGUGUCCAGUUUUUACUCUGGUGUGAUCCGUCGCUCUUGCACGGCAAAGUUAUGUUCAAUGCCUUUAAGGAGCCACGACAUGACUGCAAACCAGUAUCACUUCUACAUGUCUGCGCGUCCCGUGGACAUAAAGCACUGUGUGAGCUGCUGAUAAAAAAUGGUGUCGAUGUUAAUGUCCAAGAUCAGGGUGGUUGGACACCACUCCACUAUGCAGCACAGGAAGGUCAUGUGUCCGUACUAGAAUAUCUACUUAAUGCUGGACACCCAUUGGAAGCGAAAGCUUCGGAUGGUUGGACACCACUCCACUAUGCAGCAUCCGGAGGUCAUGUGUCCGUACUAGAAUAUCUACUUAAUGCUGGACACCCAUUGGAAGCGAACACUUCGGUAAGUCAGGAUAUCCCUGGUGCAUGCUUGUUUGUGUAGGAGCAGAAAAGAAGGAUUACCGUGCUUUCGCGAUUAGACCCCUCUCUUGAAUAGUGCUCUAUGUUGAAGAGUUCCCCAGUCUCUAAGAG